AUGUCAACUCGUCUGAUCUCAUACGAAUCCAAUGGAGCAGGUAUGGUUACACACAGGAGUAAAAGAGCAGCCAUUAGGUGAUUGUGGCUUAAUUUACCUCAAUUAGGCUACAAUAUGUUAGGGGCAGUGGACAACUCUCACUCUUGCUUCCUCUCGUCUUCACAGGCUGACCAACUGACCGAGGAGCAGAUUGCUGGUGAGUACUACAGGUGCAUCAAAGCUGGGACCGAGAGACUGAAAAACAGCUUCUAUCUCAAGGCCAUCAGACUGUUAAACAGCCAUCACUAGCACAGAGAGGCUGCUGCCUACAUACAGACUUGAAAAUCACUGGCCACUUUAAUAAAUGGAACACUAGUCACUUUAAUAAUGGCACUUUAAUGUUUACAUAUCUUGCAUUACCCAUCUCAUAUGUAUAUACUGGAUUCUAUACUAUCUGUUGCAUCUUAGACUAUGCCACUCUGAUAAUGACAUUGCUCAUCGAUUAUAUAUUCUUAUUCCAUUCCUUAACUUAGAUUUGUGUGUAUUAGGUUUUUGUUGUGGAUCUGUUAGAUAUUACUUGCUAGAUAUUGCUGCUCUGUCGGAACUAGAAGCACAAGCAUGUCGCUACACUCGCAAUAACAUCUGCUAACCAUGUAUAAAUGUGAUUUUCUUUUUUACUAUCCCUAACCCUGAACAGUGAGGUUCUGUCCAAUCAAAGCUCUUGAAUCCAAUCCCAGUUAGUAGAAGUGACUGAGUUCCUGUCGGUUGGCAGAUAAUAUGGGUGCUUAGACUCAUGGCUCCUUAUGGUAGCGACCAACAUUUAGGCUAAUCUGCCUGUUAGUUUGUACAACUGAUGUUAAUCUUGUACCAAUCAUUCUUAGUAUUUGUAAGAGUUUUCUUCAUCUGCACAGAUCUAAAGAAUUGGGUGAAAUCAGUAUGUUGAACGCAUCCUGGGAAUUUGCCCUUACCUGUCCAGUUCAUAUGAAGGAAAGGGGACAAGGACAGGAAGACUAUUGACGUAGCCAAUAUAGGCAUUUCCACGAAUCCCACACUGUUCCCUGUUUGCUUAAUCAGAGUUCAAGGAGGCCUUCUCACUGUUCGACAAGGAUGGCGAUGGCACCAUCACCACCAAGGAGCUGGGCACUGUCAUGCGCUCUCUGGGACAGAACCCUACUGAGGCAGAACUACAGGACAUGAUCAACGAGGUGGACGCUGAUGGUAAAAUUAGAGAGAUGUGUACAAUGACAUUCACGCACGCACACGUAUGGUCAGUACCCAACAAGGCUGACCCUUGUACUUUAUUCACAUGGUGGAUGAAUGGUGACACACACUGCAUAAUUACUGGGCCAACGCUCUUAACCGCUAGGCUACCAUCUCACCUGGAUGGCACCAUGGCUCUGGUUUCAUGCUGGAUCACAUUUCAAAUAUCUAAUGUUUCUACCCACAACAGAGGGUCAUCCAUACAUAGAGUUGGAGGACUCUAGAUUGAUAAAACCUGUUUUUGGCAAGGACAUAGUCCUAAAACCGGAAAUUAGUUACCUUUGGUUCGUUCAGCCAUUCCUAUGGGGAAAAUGAAUGGGGUUUUGGGAUAAAUGCCGAUAAUAUGGUCUGAGGUUGACACGGGCUUAGGAGAUCUUGUACAAUUUGUUGUACAAGUUAUCAGUCGUCAGUUAACAUGACUGGAAAAAAGUAUGAAGCCUGUAUGUGCUUGUUUUGAUUACAUAAAUGCUUCAAAAUUCACAAAAACUGACGUUAGCUGAUGAAGAUUAUCUCAUAGAACAAAACGUAUAAGAUCUUCUAAGCCUGUGCUUACCACAGACCUUAUUUGUGGCGUUUAUCCCCUACAAAAACUCCAUUAAUUUCCCCCUAGGCUUUGGCCAACGAGCCAUGGCGGAGUUAGUGCCUACAAAAAUACGCCAUUACUAUUGCUCUCUAUUGCCAUUGAGGGCUUUCAACUUUUUUUUAAGUAGUCAACUGGUUGGGACUUCCUAUGGGUCAAGGAGGGAUCAGCCAAUUAAUUAUACUCAUGAGCAAACUUUCCAGAACUGUAGGUGGCAGUAAAUCACCAACCUUGGCUAUAUAUCUGUUCAAACAACACACUAGGUUGUAGUUUGCACCCUUUGUUUUCUGCCAACUCAUAGACGUAGUAGAAGAAGAAAAUUAACUACUUACAAUUUGAGAUUGCCUCUGGUGCUGCCUGUGCACUCACAGAUGCAAAGAUGAUAUCUCUUUGGGCUCAUUCCAAAGUGUACCGACAAGAGUUCAAAACUGCUCAUUCUGAAAUAAAAUAACCAUCUGUGUGUGUGUGUGUGUACAUAAAUGUAAAAUAAAGACUGUCUUGUUUGUCCUUAGGUAACGGGACGAUUGACUUCCCAGAGUUCCUGACAAUGAUGGCGAGGAAGAUGAAGGACACAGACAGCGAGGAGGAGAUCAGAGAAGCCUUCAGAGUCUUUGAUAAGGUACACACGCUCCACACCAUCUCCUUUGAUUUGUUGGAGUCAGUCAAUUGGAAAUGUGCUUAGUGUUUUGAAACAUGAGCCAUUUUGAUUAUCUGUUUAGAUUUUUGUGCUUAGAGUUGUGAAAAUGUACUGGAACAGUGCAAUCCCUUUAAACAGAGACAUGUGAUUUUGGAAGUGUGUGUGUGUGUACACGUACAUUUAGUGUGUGUAUUGCGGUUGUUUGUUUGUACCCUCUGACGUAUCGGUGUGAGUGGUGUGAUUGUUUUUGUGGGACAUUUGUGCCACUGUCCUAAAGAACCUUGGUUUCUGCUAGGGCACCAGUCUGUGUCAGCAUCCCCCUGCUCUGUUUAUCAUUUCUCCCUUUGCGGCUCUUGAGUCUUGGCAGAGCUGGACCCAGAGAUAACAGUGAGCAGACGGACCAGAGCCAUGCAUAUCUCUGACUGUCACACAGAUGGGGCAGCCAGAGACCAUGUUCAUGUGCCAGCAGACCAGAUAAACCUGGGCUCUAUUCAGAAGAGGGAGAUGUCACUGAUCGUUAAGAUAGAAAAGUCUUGUUUAGACCUGAUCUCAUUCUGACAGGUUAAAGUAUUGUAUGUAGAACCUUCUCUCUUUCCCUAUUGAAUGAGCCUGUUCUCCCUGUAGGAUGGGAACGGCUAUAUCAGCGCGGCAGAGCUGCGGCACGUCAUGACCAACCUCGGGGAGAAGCUCACAGACGAGGAGGUGGACGAGAUGAUCCGCGAGGCCGAUAUUGACGGAGACGGACAGGUCAACUAUGAGGGUGAGCUCAACGUCCUUCCUCUCUCCCACUCGUGUGUUUGCAGAUAUAAAGGAAAUGUAUAGGUGGAAACUCCCUUUAGUAAACCCAUUGCAAGCCAAGGUGGAGCUAUCACCGUAUUUCUUUGACUUCUCUGAUACCUUCCGAUCUGCAAAAACCAGAGGGCUAAGUAAGAGCUAAAUAUUCUUAAAACCAGGCCUUCUUCUCUCUUCUCCACUUCCUCGUCCUCCUUUUUCCUCCCACCUCUGUCUUCCUGCUCCUCCUCUCAUAUCUACUGUGAGUUUACUGAAGUCAGUGUCUUUCCGCUGUUGCCCCUGUCAGUUAUGCCUUAUUUCUCUUUGCUUUGAUACAUGAAAUACUCACUCACUCACAGCUUAAUGAAUCACUGCUCAUUGAAUUUAAAAUAGUAUUGAAGACAUUGAUUCCUCAUGUUACUCUGUUUCAAUAAUCUUAUUAGUAUGCCUUGUGAUGUAAUCAUUGUUAACAGAAUGCUCUUUAUUCUUGUGGAUUUCUUCUAAUUUCUUUCUCCCUGUUUUGUUCUGCCUUGCAGAGUUUGUGCAGAUGAUGACAGCCAAGUGA